CCUCUCUUUCUCCUCAUACCAACACACUUCCAAGUUCCGUUAACAAUUGCUUAGCUCUCUCUCUCUCUCUCUCUCUCUCCAACGAUCCAACUUUGUUGAAGCAUUCUCCACCCAGAAAGGAGCAGAAAAGUCUGGGAGCAUGGCCACAGUGAUGAGUCUGGGAGCAGAAAAGCCAGUGGUUAUCUUCAGCAAGAGCAGUUGCUGCAUGUGCCACUCCAUCAAGACAUUGAUUUCCGGCUUCGGAGCAAACCCUAAAGUGUAUGAGCUCGAUCAGCUUCCCAAUGGCCAGCAGCUGGAAGCCGAGUUGCAGGGGUUGGGACGGUGGCCGAGCGUGCCGGCCGUCUUCAUAGGAGAGGAGCUGAUUGGCGGUUCUAACGAGGUCAUGAGCCUCCAUGUCAAGGGCAAGCUGGUCCAGUUGCUCAGAAAUGCUAAAGCUAUAUGGCUAUAGUAUAUAUACUCUUAAAACAAAUUCAUCAUAUACAUACAUACAUACAUACAUACAUACAUACAUAUGUGUGUGUGCAUGUAUGUAACCUCCAUCCAAGCUCUAGCAGUGGCUGUUUUGCCUUUGUACUAAACGAGAGUAGGCUGCCUAUUAUGUAAUAAGAAAGCCCCAUAUAUAUACAUAUAUAUAAGAGCUUUUCGUAUGUUUAACUUUAAUUUACUUGUAUUUUCCCUUUCCUAUAUAUGCUAAUUAAAAUAUAUAUUCAUAGUUCUC